AUGACAAGCACCCCAACCGAGUCCACAGGGACUCACAGCAGCACUGUAACACAAAGUAGUGUGAGCACUAUUUCACUGACGAGUACAAGCCAAAGCACAACUUCUUCAUCUAUGACUAUGUCGGCCACGUCGCGGAGCAGCUCUGCGACCGAUACAUCAUCGAUCACAUCCAGCACCGCGACGACAUCUACCCAGACCACAAUUUCCAAGACCAGCAGUUGGACCGAGUCGACAUGGACUACCACCAGCUCUGAGACAGAAAGUAGUGUGAGCACCACUGCCUCGCUGACCAGCACCACCCACAGUGCUACUUCUUCAUCUUGGACUGCGACUGCCACUUCGCGGACCACAUCUGCGACUGAAACAUCAUCGAUCACAUCCAGCACCGCGACGACAUCUACCCAGACCACACUUUCCAAGACCAGCAGCUCGACCGAGUCCACAUGGACUACCACCCACAGUGCUACUUCUUCAUCGUUGACUGCGACGGCCACGUCGCGGAGCACCUCUGCGACCGAUACAGCAUCGACCACAUCCCUUUCCGCGACGACAUCUACUGGGAGCACAGGUUCCGUGACAAGCACCCCAACCGAGUCCACAGGGACUCACAGCAGCACUGUGACACAAAGUAGUGUGAGCACUAUUUCACUGACGAGUACAAGCCAAAGCACAACUUCUUCAUCUAUGACUAUGUCGGCCACGUCGCAGAGCAGCUCUGCGACCGAUACAUCAUCGAUCACAUCCAGCACCGCGACGACAUCUACCCAGACCACAAUUUCCAAAACCAGCAGUUGGACCGAGUCCACAUGGACAACCACCAGCUCUGAGACAGAAAGUAGUGUGAGCACCACUUCCUCGCUGACCAGCACCACCCACAGUGCUACUUCUUCAUCUUGGACUGCGACUGCCACUUCGCGGACCACAUCUGCGACUGAAACAUCAUCGAUCACAUCCAGCACCGCGACGACAUCUACCCAGGCCACACUUUCCAAGACCAGCAGCUCGACCGAGUCCACAUGGACAGCCGCCAGCGCGACGGCCAGCGCCGAUGUGGAGCCGCUGGUACUCGAGGGGUCGCUCGAGUUCCUCGCCGAUGGGCUCGACGCCGCUCCAGCGUCCGUGGCGGUGGCCCGGACCCUUGAGGCUACCUUCGGCCACCCAGCCGCGGUGACGCUGAUGGCGGUGGCGCCGUCAAGGAGGCUGGCCAGGCGGCAGCAGGACCUCCGCGGCGCCGCCGCGCCGCGCGCCCGGCGCCUGGCGGGCGCCUGGAGGGCGGGCUACCGGCUCGAGGUGCCCGGGCCGCGCGCGGCGGAGGCGGCGCAGGCCGUCGGGCUCCGAGUAGCCGCGGACCCGGGCGACUUCGGCGAGCGCCUGCUGCUGGAGCUGCUGGAGGCUGGCGCCGCCCCGCCCGGGCCCGCCUCCGCGGCGGCGUUCUCCCUGCUGCGCUUCGGGGCCCCGGCGCCCGCCGGGCUGCCGCAGGGCCCACCCGGCGCGGCCGGGGCCCCGCCGCCGGGGCCG